AUGGCCGACUCCCUCCCGAAAACCUACGACGACCUCCCCGACAAGCGGCGCUACUGGCCCGCAACCCCCAACUCCGCCGACGAGGGGCUGGGAAUGCUCCGUCUCCUCACUCCAGAAAUCGUCGCCAACGCAGCACGCACCCAGAUCCAGACCGGCGAGCGCGUAUGCCUGAACUGGGACCUGGAGAAGCUGAACCCACCAGGCUUCGGCCGCAAACCCUUCGCCCACCACGUAAAAUGGGUCUCCGAAGGCCACGCCUUCGACGACGAAUACCACUUCAACCCGCAACAAUCCUCCCAAUGGGACGGUCUGCGACACCACAACGCCCCGGCUCCAACCCCCGACGACCCUAACCGCCGGGUCUUCUACGGCGGCACCACCUCCACCGAGAUCCUCGACCCCUCGUCCACCCGAAUCGGCAUAGCCCACUGGGCCAAGAAAGGCAUCGCCGGCCGCGGCGUCCUCAUCGACUACGCCUCCUACGUGCAACGAACCAAGGGCGUCACAGUAAACGCCCUAACCCGCCACACCGUCUCCCUGGACGACGUCCUCACCAUCGCGAAGGAAUGCAACAUCACCUUCGAACCAGGCGACAUUCUCUUCCUGCGCGUCGGUCUACCGACUACAUGGGAUAACAUGACCGAUGAGGAGAAGGUCAAGUAUAGUCAGCAGGAAACGCCCAACCAUGCAGGAUUAGAGCAGAGUGAGCGUGUGGUGCGGUUCCUUUGGGAUCAGCAUUUCGCCGCUGUAGCGGGUGAUGCGGUCAGCUUUGAGGUGUAUCCGCCGGUAGAGAAGGAGUGGGAUUUACAUCAUUUUUUGCUGGCUGGGUGGGGACUACCGAUUGGGGAGAUGUUUGAUCUUGAGGGGUUGAAGGAGUCCGUUGAACUGUGGGAGAGGAUUCCAAUGACGGUACAUCCCGAAGUAUAUCUAAAGUACACCACUCGGAACUCAUUCACAUAUACGAAUGGUGACUAUGAAGGGGUAAUACAUUCACAACAAGAUCAGUAA